AUGUCAGUUGCAAUCGGGUUCUCUGCACGGUCGCCAGCGUUCGAGCUUCAGUCCGCCGCCAGUUCAGGACAGUUCACAGUAGAGGAACAGUGCGUCGCGACGGACACGGAUCUAGGAUCUUUCCUCAACCACCCGCACAAAUUGUUCUUCCGCCGAAAAAGCAACAAAACUGAUUGUGUGACUGUGGCGGUUGUUAUGACGUUUCGAGAUUCGUGUUAGAACCGUACCGUCGCCUGCUUGAUUUUGCAAACAAACUCGAAUCCGAAGGUGUUUGCAGUAGUGUGCGUACGCAUGAAGAACUAGAACGACUGUGCCAGUUUAGAUUGAACUAGUGAAUACAUAGAACACUACAGAAAAGAAAUAGAAUAGCAACAACAGAAAUAUUAAAAAUAAAAUACCAGCACAUAUCGACAAGUGUAAAAGAAUAUCAAAUACGAAAUUACAGCCGCAGUGGUCGACAAAUCAUAAAAAAGUUGCGAAAGAAGAGCGUUGUCUGUGCAUUCAUAUCUGUGUGUGACGUGCCCAUCAGCCAGCAGAAAAGAGUAGGCGAUGCACUUCUUCCCAUCAUCGUCUGGCCUGCUGUGAAUAAAUACAUACGUGCAACGUGCUAAAUGUCAACCGAGUAGGCCGUGACAACAGCGACAAGGGGGAAAUCAGCAGUGGACGCAGUUUUACAAGAAAUUGAAGAAACAACGCACAUAUCACACGGCUGAUUAGAUGAGAAAACAAACCGCCUAGCGCCGACUGACUGGAUGACUGCGAUGCAACACGAUUAGGUCAUAUCAUUAGCGCCGUCGCUGCGUGGUCGUCGUGAGUUGAACUGAAGAAGCGAUCAAAAUGAGCAGUGCUCCAUGAGAUUGCGCAUGAAUUCUGACAAGCAAAGCCGCGGCCCUCUUGGAUUGCAUUGGAGCUGCGAUUAAUUUUAGCAAUAUUUUAGGAUUUAAGUUUUAGUCACUUGACGUACUGGCAGCAAGGAUAUACUUACAAAAAUAGCAAAAUGGGACUGAUAGGUAGGCGGAGAUCGUCGUUCCUGAAGAUUAUCGCUCUGUUGGCGGUAGUUUGGUUCAUGGUAGUGUUCGUGCUGUACACCGAUGAUGGCAGCGGAGGAAGCAGUAGUAGAGUGGGUGGCCCCAGUGCAGGAGGAGGAGCUGGAGAGAGUGCGUUUGAAGUGCCAAGGAGGUUGCCCCUGCAGGGCAUCAGGGAUAGAUUUAGUCAGUUUAUCAUCAAUGCCCGGGAAGACGCUAACAAGGACGAUUUAGUUCAAGAUGGAGAAGGUUUAGGCGGUGUUGUAGACUAUGUAGACAACAAUAUUGAUCGGGGAGUGGAUGUCGCGUACAAGACGAUGGAAACGAAAAAGAAGAUUCCUCCCAAGAGUAGAAAACGUAACGAAAAUGCCCAGGAAUUUGAAGGUGUAAUAGCCCCACCGCACGAGGAUAGUCCCGAUUCACCGGGUGCCAUGGGAAAACCUGUUGUUUUGCCGAAGGAUAUGUCACCGGAGAUGAAGAAAACCGUCGAUGACGGUUGGGCCAAGAAUGCGUUCAAUCAGUAUGCGGCUGAUUUGAUCUCGAUUCGACGAAGUCUUCCGGAUCCACGUGAUGCCUGGUGCAAGGAACCGGGACGGUACAUGACGGAUCUGCCGGCCACGUCGGUAAUCAUUUGCUUCCACAACGAGGCCUGGUCGGUGCUGUUGCGAACAGUUCACUCAGUGCUCGAUCGCUCGCCGGAACAUUUGGUGAAGGACGUGAUUCUGGUGGAUGACUUUUCCGAUAUGCCACACACACAAAAACAACUGGAAGACUACUUCGAGGCGUACCCGAAGGUGAAGAUCAUCAGGGCACCAAAGCGAGAGGGAUUGAUUCGUGCACGGUUGCUAGGUGCUCGCUACGCAACGGCUCCUGUGCUGACCUACUUGGAUUCACACUGCGAGUGCACGACUGGUUGGUUGGAACCGCUGUUGGAUCGAAUCGCAAGGAAUUCUACGACCGUCGUUUGCCCCGUCAUCGACGUGAUCGACGACAACACGAUGGAGUACCAUUACCGGGACUCGGGCGGUGUCAACGUAGGUGGCUUCGAUUGGAAUCUUCAGUUCAACUGGCAUGCCGUGCCCGAGCGGGAAAAGAAACGGCACAAGAGCACUGCUGAACCCGUGUGGUCCCCAACGAUGGCGGGAGGUCUAUUUUCGAUUGACAAAGAGUUCUUCGAACGGCUCGGAACGUACGACUCUGGGUUUGACAUUUGGGGUGGAGAAAAUUUGGAGCUUUCCUUCAAAUCGUGGAUGUGCGGAGGUACGCUGGAAAUCGUACCGUGCUCCCACGUGGGUCAUAUAUUCCGAAAACGUUCGCCUUAUAAGUGGCGAACGGGAGUCAAUGUGAUCAAACGGAACUCGGUACGGUUAGCGGAAGUGUGGUUGGAUGAGUAUGCCAAGUACUACUACCAGCGGAUUGGCAACGACAAGGGAGACUACGGAGACGUGUCCGAAAGGAAGCAACUUCGAGAGAACCUGGGCUGCAAAUCCUUCCGAUGGUAUCUGGAUAACAUCUUCCCGGAACUGUUCAUUCCUGGCGAGGCGGUUGCUUCUGGAGAGGUAAGAAACAUGGGAUACGGAAAUCGUACGUGUUUGGAUGCUCCUGGAGGCAAGAAGAAUCUACGCAAACCAGUGGGACUCUAUCCUUGCCAUAAUCAAGGCGGAAAUCAAUACUGGAUGCUGAGCAAAACGGGUGAAAUCCGUCGAGAUGAGGCCUGCCUGGACUACGCCGGCCAGGAUGUGAUACUGUAUCCAUGCCACGGCUCCAAAGGCAAUCAGUAUUGGAACUACACACCGGACUCGAACCUACUGCGGCACGGAUCCUCGGACAAGUGUCUCGCCAUCAACGAGAGCAAACAGAAGCUUAUCAUGGUAGACUGCGACUCGUCGAAUGAGGCACACAAGUGGCAGUUCCAGAAUUACGAUCCUAGUAAACUUUGAGUUUCCACUACUUCUUUGAUCGCCAUGUCAACGGUUUGGUGAUCGAAACAAACAGCAACAAUUUGCCAACCUGAUUUGGUGGAGUUUGGUGAAGCAAACACCGUGUAUAAAGAAAGUAAUUCAGAGUGAUGCAAUCAAGAAACAAAAGGUAGAAUAACCGAUUUUUAUCGUUCUUAUUUCUCCCGCGCAAGGUCAAAUCAAGAGUCCUAGUUAGUUGAAUGAUUUUAAUGUGAUUUUCGCGUUAAUUUAUUAUUAGACACAAUGAAAUUAAGAAUGCUCCUCGUGAAGGUUUCCUGUUACUAACGAUUUUGAACCAAAAAGAAACGAGGAUAGAAAUUAUUUUUCGCUCCAUUCCAAGUAGACAAUACAAAAAAAACAAACAUGCAAACUGCCAUAUCUUCCUGACCAUCUGGACCACAAUCUUCCUACUGUUUUAUCUUCUUUUUUUUGUACCUAAUCCCUGGAAACAAAACGAAAGAUUUCAAGUUUCGCUUACGAACUUGCGUUUUCGCACAAAAUGACAAUCGUCAACGUCAUCAUUAACAAUAACAACAACAACAACAAAACGCGUUGUUUUCGUUCUUCCGUCGAUUUCUAUUUUUGUGCGCUCGUUAGCACAAACAAUCAGAGAUCUACGCCUGCUACGGUUCGAAACUGAUUUAACUCCCACGCCUUCCUAGAUGUUCGUUACCCUUAUCAUUUGUCAAUUAGAUAAUUUUCUCUCUUUAUUUCCCCCCCUGGAAUGGAUAUAGAUACAGUUGCUCAAACAAGAAGGAUCAAAACUCCCCCACAAAAUAUCUACAUUCCAAUUAUGUACUACCUAACAUUACUUAUUAAAGUGUAAAGCCAAACUUGAGUCGAAAGCUGUAGGGUAUAUAAAGAUGCCAGCUGUCGUUCAGCUGUACUGUUCAAACAUAUCAAAUUAAGACAUUCAGAAUGACGAAGAAGAAGUUUGCCAUAUAGAUGAACUGAUUUUUCUCUAUGUUUUCGUUGACUUUUCUUAAUCUUAUCGUAACAAGCAUACACAAAACUAACUGACAUAUCCGAGAGCAAAUGAAAGAGAAUACAAUUCUUCCCGUUAUUAAUUUUUACACAAAUCAAAAAUAUACCGUAAAACUCCCCACAAGAGACUAUUGAACAACUGUUUACUUAUGUAAUGAAAAUCGUUUUAUUUUAAGUAGUUGAAAACGGUAGAAAUGUGAUUCAUUAUCUCUGCUUUUUUCCCUGGACAACUCAAACAUUAAUACAAAACUAUCACAAGGAGAUGAUAACAGUUGAAAACUUCCUUAUUAAAAAAAAUAGGGAUGCGAAUGAGAAUGUGUGAGUGGAGGAAAAUCCGAUCGUGGAUCGAGAGAAAAACGAAACAGUUCGCGGAUGUUAGAUGGAUAGAGUGGAUGAGCGUAUUUCUACAUGUGCCUUGUAAAUUAUUAUUAUUAUUAAUAUUAUCAUAAACAAUUGAUGAUCUUAAAAUGAGAAAACAAACAUGCAAGUGACAACAAAAGUCUAUCAAUUAAUUAAACUGACUACAAGAAAAAAAGAAAAGAAAGUUGUUUUAAUAAUAAAAUGAUAUCAACGCAGAAAAAAAAAUGCAAGAAACACAAGUAGUUUGUAACAAGUUGUUCUUACUGUAGUUAUACAAAGUGAUGCAAAAAAAAACGGUAUAAACAUUAUUAAAACUCCUCCUAUAUCUUGAGCGCGAAAAAUGCAAGA